AUGGAAUCUUUCUUUCAAUAUCAGCGAAUCAAACAAGCUGUUCGCGACCAACUGGCGGAACCCAAAGACAAAUGUAACUGUGAGAGCUAUACACUUGGGCCACCGCAGAGCUCGAGCUGUCAGUUAUGCAAUGCUCUGUUUUGUGAUCCCAACAAAUCCUCGCUUCAAGCAACACUCCCCACCGAUUCCAUUAUCAUUGUGGACUGGGAUAGUUCCAGUGAUCCUUUGAACCCUGCAAACCAGAGCGUGUCGCGGAAGAUGUUUAUGACCCUUCUGGUCUCUUUGAUAGCUUUUUCUGUAACCGCCGCAUCUGCAAUUGAUGCUUGUGGCAUCGUGCAAUACAGUGAACACUUCAAAGUGUCCGAAGUAGUCGGAUCUCUUGCGACAGCUCUAUUUCUGGUCGGUUUUGGGGUCGGCUCUCUCCUUUCAGGCCCAUUCUCUGAGACUUUUGGUCGGAACGCCGUUUACCUGACAACUAUGGUCCUUUUUCUGAUUUUCAUCAUGGCCGCGGCACUGGCUCCCAACCUCCAUAGUCACCUUAUCUUUCGUUUUCUCGCUGGUUUCUUUGGGUCUCCUCCACUCACCUGCGCUGGUGGUACGGUAGCGGAUUUGUGGGAUCCAUUGCAAAAGACAUAUGCUUUUCCAGCCUAUGCUAUUCCAUCCUUUGUGGGACCAAUGGCUGGGCAGAUCAUAGGCAGCUACAUUCCAAUUCAUUUGGGAUGGCGUUGGCUUGAGUGGAUGAUGCUCAUUAUGGGAGGCGCAACCCUUGUCAUUAUCCUUCUGUUCCAGCCAGAAACAUAUGGACCUCUCCUUCUAUAUUGGAAAGCAAAGAUUCUCCGCGCAGAAACUGGGGACGAGAGAUACAGAGCCCCGAUGGAGAUGAAACAUGCAGCCUUGGGCCAACGAUUGCUGCUUUCCGUCUAUCGGCCAUUUGUGCUGGUUCACUCUGAGUUGAUCAUCAUUUUGAUGUCGCUCUACCUUACCGUGAUCUACAUUGUCCUCUUCACCUUUCUGGAGGGUUAUACAUACAUUUUUGGUCAAACAUAUGGGCUUUCGCAGGAGAUGACUGGAAUACUCUGGGCGGGGAUGCUAUGUGGCAUUCUUCUUGUUGGCACCCUAGUUCCGGUGAUAUACUCUUGGACUGCCAAAGAAUACAAGAGGACUUCUGCCAUUGCUCCUGAAAUACGACUCUGGUAUGCAAUGCUGGGUGGUGCUCCAGCGGUGCCAGUAAGUUUGUUCUGGAUGGGUUGGACCAGCUAUCCGUCCAUCUCAAUUUGGUCUCCCAUCAUUGCUUCCGCCUUAUUCGGAUUCGGAAUCACCACUAUUUUCAUCGUCACCUACAUGUAUAUCAUAGAUUCCUACGGGGGAUACUCAGCAUCUGCACUAGGGUUUCUUGUUUUUACCAGAUAUGUGGUGGCUGGCGGCAUGACUGUUGCUGGUGGGCCUAUUUACCGUUCUAUCGGUGUUCAAUACACACUGACAAUCUUGGGGGCCAUCAGUACAGUCAUGGCCACAAUUCCGUACCUGCUUUAUGUCUAUGGGCCGACACUUCGCAGGUAUAGCAAAUUUGCUGUCAGUAUCGGUGCAGAGUAA